AUGGCCCCUCACAAUAAUGAUUUGAUUUUACCAUCGUAUUCUACCGCUGCUGAUAAGAACUCCGAGGUGUACGACCCAACUUUGGGCCCUCAAAAACUAGAUCAAAUAACUGCUUCUUUGGUAACGACUACCAGUGCAACAUCAACGCCAAACCCGGGGCAGAAUUUCCCAUCAUCAUCGGCAGCACUGAAGAAAGCUUCUAUUUAUGAUAAGAAUUUGAACCGCAGAAUACCAGAGGUCAACCUUGCGUCGCUAAGUUUCCUCUUCCAAGAGAUUGUGUCAUGGUCACAUCAAAAUUCCAAAGGUAUACAACAACUAGAAAAUAAGUUGAACAUUUUGGGUUAUUCAAUAGGUCCAAAAGUGCUAGAACUAUGCUACUUGAGAGAAAACCAAACUAAUGGUAAUUUGAAGAAAACUUUGAAGAAAGAUAUUAGAAUCAUUGAGAUUUUACAGUUUAUACAUUCGGUGAUAUGGAAGAGUCUUUUUGGGAAAACCGCAGACGAAUUAGAAAAAUCCCAAGACGUCGAUAAUGAAUUUAUGAUCAUUGAUAACGAUCCAUUAAUAUCCCAAUUUAUUUCCGUUCCAAGAGACUUGAAACAAUUGAACUGUUGUGCAUUUGUGGCAGGGGUGAUAGAAGGGUUAUUGGAUUCUGCGUAUUUCCAAGCGAAUGUGACUGCUCACAAUGUUCCGAAAGAUGGAUAUCCUUUAAGAACAAUUUAUUUGGUAAAAUUCGAUAAGAGUGUCACUGAAAGAGAAAUGAUAAGGUUUGGAUAA